GUCGCUACACCUAUGACCCCAAUUCUAUUCGAAAACAAGUGGCCGUUAUGUUCUCUCCCGUUUCCAUCCGAUUUCGAGUGUCCCGAAAGAAAAAUUUUUGAAAGGGAAAAUGAUCAUCGGGGCGAGAUAUAGAAGAAAAGCUUUCUUCCAUAAAAAUAGGCGGGUCGAGGAGGUCUCACAAAACGAGAUUUCUUCGACGCGCAUGAUCAGCAAACGGGUCCGAUUUUUUUCUCUUUUUUUUUUCCCUUUUUUCUUCAUCAUCUGGUCCACGUACGCAGAGGAAAGGGUCUUGGAUGUAGGGAAGGAAAAAAAAAAAACGAUAUAGCCGCGCCAUUUUAUCUCCUUUGUGGGGUAGUUCUCGACUGGGUCAGGGUCCAGGGGUUAAAAACUCUUCACCGAUGGAAGAAAGUCGAAAGGACGAAGGGGUUUCCUGGUGAGGUGAAAGGAAAAAGGGAGAGAUAGAGCGACGAAGAGAGAGGGAAAAAGUGGGGAUUUCGUAUAAAAAUUAUCCCCUCCACCGAAGGAUAUGUUGGUAGGUCCUUUCUAUUCUUUUGAUAUCCUGUCCUCGGGGCCCUUGGCAGGCCCUAGGCGCGGUCUGAUACACCAGUCAGCAUCCGAGCAUGCGAGAAACCAGGUCUUCCUCCACCUUGAUCGCCGUACGUUGGUUAAUUAAUUAAUUAUCGAUGGGAGGAAGAAGGAUCGGCUAUGCGCCGCCGAUUUGAGAGUCGCGAUUGUGUGCACAAGUGUGUUAUCGGUUAAGUGGAUGAUGGUUAGCGAAGAGGUAUUCCACACCAUGGAAAUUGUCGCCAUGGAAGGACGCGUAAUGGCGCACAAAGCGGAAACCUCGCAAGGCACCACAUCCCCAGACACCGUCCAAUGCGGGGCGUGCAGGGUGUCCUACCCCCUUGGCGAGAUCGUUCGGUUCAUCGAGCACAAGGUGAACCAUUGUCGGAUCACUCUUCAAGGUUGCCACAGUCCACCAGCAACCGCGGCGCCGGAAGACUCCGAUCCGGAGGACGCGCUCGCCCUGAAGACCGUCGACCAAGACUCGAAGCUGAACUCGGUGCCCAGCAUCUCGGCACCCAUUAACAAGAGAGGUGGUGGCAGAUUGGAGAGCCCUCCGACGCCUCAGGGCUCCGGCCCGGAUGCUGGAAGCCCGAUCGAGCUGAAAGCCAGCGCGAGCUCGACACCUAAGAGACGAACGGAAGCCUCGAACGAAGACAAGGAGGACCUGCCGAAGAAACAGAAGACCGAGUCUGUCGACGCGGACACCAACACGGUCAAUUCUGAACCUCGAUGGCUCCAAUGCUCGCAAUGCUCCAGGAGGCUAUCCUCCGCCUGGGAGUUGCUGCAGCACGCGCAGAGCGUGCACGGUGCCAGACUCUACACCUCUCCUUCAUCGUCGACGAACUCGUCGUCGAACACUCCAGCGCCGAGUCCGCCGACGCCUACACCGACGCACACCCACCACCUAAGCCCGCCAAACCAUCUGAACCUUAGCACCAAGUCCACGGGAAGCUCGUCCGCGGGUAACUCGUCGGGCGGGACCAACUCGAGCGGUAGCAGCGGACGACAACAACUGCAAUCCUCCGCGUCCCUGGUCGGCGAUCCGCUUCACAGUUUUCUAAGGCUACCUCAACACCUCGAACGAAGCUUCCCGCUGUUCAGGCCCGACUUCCUGGCUCUGAAUCCACUGGCAGGGUACAGAGGCCUCCAGGAGCUGCAGACCGCGACCCGGAACCUUCAAAACCUAGGCGAUCCGCUCAGAGGUAUGGAUGGUCUGAACCUUGGAGACCCGUUGGUCCGCAGUUCGUUGGAUUCCUUGAACAACGCUCGAAACUUGGCAAACCUGGCCGAAUUGUCGCACGGUCGUGGCCUCGCCGGCCAAGCUCACCCACCCCCACUAGAGACCAAUCUGGAUUUUUACUCGGCGCGCCUAAGGAGCCUCGCUAAUCCGUCCUUAGGCGCGGCUCCACCCAGUAGCGGAAACUCGACGACGAAUACCAACCCACCCGCCCCUGUACCACCCGUACCGGUACCUAGCACCACCGUCCAGCAACAGCAACAGCAGCAACAGCAACAGCAGCCACCCACGCAAAAUCACAAUCAAUCCGUGGAACCACCGAGCCCCGCGUCCAACAACCAGACAAUUCUGCCGCUCAACAAUCAUCAAAAAGAAAACUCGCCACCCUGUUACAGUCAAAGCCCGGUCGGCCAUCAUAAUAACAACAAUUCGACCGACAGCGAGAAAACCAGCCCGCCUGUCGCUCUCACGCCUAUCAUCGCUGAUUCCGCGUCGGAGACCAUCUACUUGUGCGAGGUCUGCGACAAGAAGUUCCGUUUCCAAUCGAAUCUCAUCGUGCAUCGAAGAAGUCACCGGGACAAGGAGAGACAGUAUCAGCAGGAUAACACGCAGGAUGGACAGACGACGCCGACCAGGUGCGAGGUUUGCGAGAUGGAGGUUCCAAGCUUCGCGGAAUUGAGGAAGCACAUGAGGAAGGAGCACCAAGAGAACCCGCCCAGUCCUCAAGGUAGCGUCGAGACCGCUCCGGACGACGGUUCCAGUUGUGACGAGAACAUGGAUCUCGACGAGGCUGUGAAAAACGAGCCCAAGACGGAGAAGGAGGACACGGAGGAGAACAUACCGGAAGACUUGAGCACCACUCAAGGGCAAAGCGGCGAGGAGAGCGGCGGGAGAGUGGAGCAGAAACCCGUCAGCCUGGUCGGCGAUCUGAUGGAAAAGUUCGGAUUAAGCAACAUAGCGCAGUACUCGGAGGCUUACAGGCAGGCGCUGCAAGAGAAUCACCGGGGCGUUUUCAUCAAGACGGAGCCACCAUCCAAUCUCACCAACUCUCUCAACAACAACAAGGAGAAGGACAGCGCGUUGUCGCCCACGAAUUUCAAUUCCUCGACCACGCCUAACAUAUUCUCCGGUCAGGGUUUUCCCAGAUCCUCGGGGCCGGACUUCGGCGGUCUAUGGUUACCCAGCCCCCAUUACCUGGAGAACAAUGAGUUUCGCAAAGUAAGCAAGGCCACCACGUCCAAUCUGGCGCUCCAAGGUUUGCCCAGCCCUCUACUCAAGAAGGAACGAACAGGGAGAAACGACACGUGCGAGUUCUGCGGCAAGGUGUUCAAGAAUUGCUCGAAUCUGACGGUGCACAGGCGGUCUCAUACAGGUGAGAAACCUUACAAGUGCGAGCUGUGUUCGUACGCUUGCGCGCAGAGCUCGAAGCUGACCAGGCACAUGAAGACCCACGGUCGACACGGUAAGGACACGUACAAGUGUCGUUUCUGCGAGAUGCCUUUCUCGGUGCCCAGCACGUUGGAGAAGCAUAUGAGGAAAUGCGUGGUCGUGGUGCAGCAGUGUCCCAAACUGGGGAUGCCGUAUCCCGCCAGUCAGGACGAGGACUCCUCGCUGAGUACCAAGGACCCUUGAUCUUGGAACGGAAGCCUACCGCCGAUCCCGCCAUUGUGGCCUCACAGGCCACCUUACCCGGUGUACUGAACGGGGGAUCAUCUUCCUCGGGAGUGAAACAGAGAAUCUUCGCGUGAAACGCGAUUGAUCGUGCACGCGACCACUCCGGAGAAUCUUGUUGAAGGUGAAAUAUGUCGCCUCUCGGGAUUAGGAGAGGCGGUAGGUCGGUGAAUUGGCAGCAACCAUUAGACAGCAACGACCUGGAAAAGGUCACGAUAAUGAGUAUCAUUGUGUAAAAUAUGU